AUGGCGGCGUCCUCGCUGUCCGGGCUAGCGGGGCUGCUGGUGCGGCCCUUAGGCGCCGCGGAGCCCGCAGAGCUGGGCUCGUUUCUGGGACGGGUGAUCUUGGUCUCCAACGUGGCCUCGCUCUGAGGCACCACGGGCCGGGACUUUGCCCAGUUCCGAGAGCUGCAGGAGCGCUUUGGGCCCCGAGGGUUUACCGUGCUCGCCUUCCCAAGCAACCAGUUCGGGCACCAGGAAAAUGCCACCAAUGAAGAGAUCCUGAAUUCACUGAAGUUUGUCCGCCCAGGCAAUGGGUAUGAGCCUAACUUCCCUGUGUUUGAGAAAUGUGAGGUGAAUGGAGCAAAUGCGCAUCCACUUUUCAAAUUCUUGAAGGAAGCAUUGCCUUUCCCACAUGAUGACCCAGUAUCACUCAUGACCAACCCACAGUGCAUCAUCUGGUCGCCUGUUUCCCGCAACGAUAUCGCAUGGAAUUUUGAGAAGUUCCUUAUAGGUCCUGAUGGUGUACCUUUCAAACGGUACAGCAGGCGGUUUGAAACUAUCAAGAUCCAGGAUGAUAUUGAAAAGCUUCUUCAACAAAUUGCAUAGAAUUGACCAGAUUGUCUUGCAGAAAUUUCCUUUUG